CUUUUUACCAAAAUUUAAACGCUUCAAUUGGUUGGUUUGGAAUAUCAAUGGUUUUUUCGGAGGAACUCGACCGUGUAGGCCACUCGAAUGUAGUGCCCGACGAAUUGUGCUAGCACUAACUUUCCAAUCUGAAGUUCCCGAUUUAUUUUUUGCCAUUUUCACUGCACUUUUAGAAGGAUUUUUCUUUACACUUCAAAAAAUUACCUUGAUUCUGCAACAUUUAGUCGUUUUGCUCUACCAGAUUUGUGAGAAAUUUCCAAAUUUCCAUAGUUUUUUGCUUGUCAAUGAUUUUUUUACAGCAUUAUAAUUUUUUUUAUAGUUUAGGUACAUCCCAUGUAGCCCAUCGAGCAUUUAUGAGAUCACCUAUACAAAGAAUGACAAAAAAUUGUAAAUUGGAAGUAACAGGAAAACUUGUAAAUUCCAUGCCUCGACGUUUACCAUCCAUAAUUAAAGCGAAUGGAAUGCACACAAAGUAUUUAACUUUUGUUUCCAUCGCUAUCUGUUCAUUUGUACACUUUCUUUUGACGCUGUCUGUAUAUACCAAUAUAUGUAUAAAUAGUUCGCCUGAUAUAUAUGUAUGUAUGUAUGUACAUACACACAUUGUAGAGGCAUAUGAUCUGAACAAUUUUAGCGAAUCUGAAUGCGAUCAGGACAAUUUUGUUAGUAUACAGAUACGGAAGUUCCAUGUAAAAAUAUCUUUGUAUAUAUUUACACACAUAAUCACAAAAUAUUUUCGCAACAAAAAGUAACUUUUAUUGUGAAUAUGUCCGCACUUUUUUCGUUCAGCUAAGAAAACCGCCUCUGGCUUAUUUCAGAAAGUAUUUUUAGAUUAUGACAGAUUCAACGACUAAACGUUUGUCGUUCGAACGUAUUCAGUUCUUGCCUACCAAACAGCUGCGUGGCAAUUUGCAAACAUAUGUUAUUUGUUUGUUAUUUUCGUUCCAACAAAAAGCGCAACCUUACAGAAUAGUUACUGGUUAUCUAAUCGACAAGAACAAAACUGGAAAAGAACACAAGCUGAACAGUCUCCAAAAGUAACAUUUUUUCCUGUCGAGCUUUCGGGAGAAACAACUUGUUGUUGCUGUCACUUGUGCUUUAUUUUCGUUUUUUGUUUAGUGCUCAGUUUUUGAGAAACUCUUCAAAGUGGCGUUUGAUUUUUCCGACAUGUUGAAAUUUUUGAUAACAUUUGGGGCUGGAAUAUACACUGGAAUUUAUAUAAGUCAAAAUUAUGAGGUUCCUCGUGUAGAUGAACCCGGCAAGCUGGUUGAUAAAAUAAAAGAAUUUGCUGAUGAACAUAGAAAAAACAUAAUGAAAUGAGCAACAAACGAACAUCAAGCAAACCGCAAAAACUCGUCCUCGAAAAAUUCGUAAAAAUAUCCAGCGGCAGAGGUAUUAUGCUUAUGUAUUUAAAAUAUCAAAUAUUUGAAACAAAUAUAAGAUAAGUAAAUAUUUGCCUACAUUUGAAAGGUUUACAA